CCACGCCAGCAGGACGCAGGAAAAGCAAAGUAAGUCGCAAUCUCACCAGUCGCGGUUAGCGGCCAUCGUUUCGCCUUUAUUUGGCUUUGGGCCGAAGCAAAGGGCGGAAGGACGAGGCAGCAUGACAGGACAAGGUCCAGGACAAGAGUAGACCAUCAAGAGGCCAGCAAGGCCAGACAAGGCCGCCGCCGUCCUCGUCGUCGUACGCACGGCGGCACGGCACUCACUGCACAGGCCCAUGCUUCGUCGGACGACUUUGGACUCAUUCCGCUUUUAUAGCUCGAUCUCGUCACCCCCCGAGCACAACCCGCCCGCACACCCCCAACACAGUAGUAGACUUGUGUGUGUGUGUGCAUACACACAACCACACAGUCACUCUCUCACUCUAGUCGUCGUCGACGCCAUGAGCAACGACACUCCAGCGCCCAUCCCAGUGCCCCCUCCGGUGCCCCCACCACCAGAGAAGGGGCGCAAGCCGCUGUCGCCCCUCAAGCGUGUGGGCAACCGCCUCACAAAGAAGCCGCCCAAAGUACCACCCAAACCUCCACCCAAGGACAGUGCAGACUCGAGCCCAACCAGCCCCGUAUCAGAGUCGCCGUCAACGCCCAGGUCACCACUGCUGUUCACCCCGCCGGCACACAUUGCAGAACAGCUCGCCGCCGCCCAGGCCACCGCCGCCGUCCACGUCGAGAAGAUUGAGACGUCCAUGACCAUGGUUGCUGAUACCCUCGGCGGGUACGACAAGCUCAAUGGCAUGAUUGCGCUAUACAACCCUUCGCUAUACGUGUUCGCCACGCAGAGCUACCUGAGCAUCACGCCGCUGCUCAACCAGCCGGCAAAGCUCAUGUUUGCGCUGGUAUUCCUCACAAUCGUGGCAAUGGCCGUGCCAGUGCUCGCCAUUCCGAUAUCGUUUGUCGCACGCAAUCUGGGGCACUACUACCUGUUAUUCACCGCUCGCACGAUCCUCCGCACUGGUCUCACCGCCGCCCCACCAUAUGUCAAGGGCACGCUUGUGGUCAUGGUGCUGUCCGCGGCGGUGCACCUCAUCCCGCCAGCCGUCUUCGACCUGCGUUACCACUUUGGCGCCCUGUGGGCCUUUUCAAUCCCCGCCAUUCUAUUUAUCACGCCGACGCCGGUUAGUCCACUCGCCGGACUGAUAGCAGAGUAUGGCGAAACGCACCUCCGUGCCGCGCUCGCAAAGAUUGAUCUCCCCUUCAAGAUUAUCGCCGACAGAUCGACGCAGGCGAUCAUUGCCGCUGCCGCCAUCGGCGGGUUAUUUUACAUCGGUUAUCUAGGCCACAUCGCCGCCUACGUUCUCACGUUUGCGCUGCUCAUGGCUCAAACGCUCCAAGUCUUUGGCACACCUGAAGCCGCCGUACCCCCCGAGGCCGCGCUCGAGGGCCUCCACCUCCAAUUGGUCGGCUGCCACAGUCUUAUCGCAAUGUGGGGUUGGCGCACCAUCACCUCGGCCAUCGAGGAGCUCGAGAUUCCUCCCUUCUUCUCGCUCAGAGGCCUCAUUGUCCACUAUGUCCCAACCUACUACCUCUGGAUCACUCUCCUUUUCGUCGCUAUGGUCGCGACCACACCUGAACAUAACGAAACCCACAUUACGACCUGGUAUGCCCAAAUCCUCACAAAGUUUUAAUCCUGUUGUUCCUCCCCCUUUUUAUAACACCUACCUUUUAUAACACAUAUCACUGGGCCUAUUAACACCACCACUACACCCCUUACACCAAAUAUACCGUGUCCUGUAACACCCCUGGAAUGUCA